AUGAAGGUGGUGGCGAUGAGAGUAAGUGGUGGUAGUGUGGCCGACGAGGGGCGGGGCCAUCUGCAUCGACUGAUGAUGUUAUCUUGCAUUGGCAGUGGUAUUGGUGGUUACGUUGGGGGUGAUGGUGGGGCUACUAUAGUGGGGGUGGUAGUGGUGGUGGCGGCGUUGGCAAAUGGGGGGUGA